UGGACUAAUAGUGGGCCCAGCGGGAAAAUGGUUCCAGUUAAACUCCUCAUUCUGGGAGCUCAGAACACUGGAAAAACAGCACUGUGCGUUCGUUUCAUGACCAAGCGCUUCAUCGGCGAGUACGACCAUAAAAAGGAGGUGACCUACAGAUGCAGUCGGGUUGUGGACCAGGAAGCUGUUGAUCUGGAGAUCUUGGAUAUAGCUUGUAAGGAGAGUUCUGCGGCCUCUCUGGAGUCAUCUAUCCGCUGGGCUGACGGUUUCCUGCUGCUCUACUCCAUCACGCAGCGCCUCACCUUCCUGGAGGUCCCACGACUCAAGAAACUCAUCGACCAAACCAAACAGAGUCUGGUUGUUCCUACAGUGCUUGUAGCCAAUAAGGCAGAUUUGGAAAUAGGGCGGGAGGUGACGACAGAGGAAGGACAGAGACUGGCCAAGGAUUUAAGGUGCGGCUUCAACGAGCUGUCUGUAGCUGAAGCUGUAUCAGCUGUGGAAGCAACAGUGUUUCAACUCAUUAGGCUGGUGUUGGAUCAGCAGCGCCCUCUGCCCGACCGUCGCUCCUACAUGCUGACGGUUCGCCACGCUCUGACCAGGAAACUGACCCGAUCGAAGACCAUGCAGUGGUGACCACAGCCAAUUAAGCAGUUAUAGUCACAGUGGGACAUUUUGGGAAAACUUGUGUGUUGUCUGUUCCGGACUGGUUUUAUGUUGACUCCUCUUAUGGAGGAAAAUCAGCAGACAGCUUAAUAAACCUGGAUUAGAGUCCGGGGCAGUUAAUCAGAGAAGGAAACUGCUUCUUUUGUGGCACAAAUACACCUACAAAAACAGAUGAUGUCCCUUUUUAAGUUGAAUUUUACAUACACAUCAAUCCACUUAGAAGACAAAAUCUUUGUAGUUUCAGUAGUAAUACAAUAAGCUAACUUGAAACUAAAUAUGUGUCUCUUCUUACAGUCUGUUGCACAUUAGCAUGAUUAAACAGUGGUGCUCAGUUACAAGCAUUUAAGCAUAUUACUGUAUGUCCAUAGGAGGUUGUGUUCUCCUAUGUG